CUGUGCACACAUGAACAAACACACACACACACAUACACAGAUGGACUGAAAAGAUGGAGGUGAAGCUGCUGUUUCUCUCUGCUGUUCUUCUGUCUUCAGCGCUCCUCACACUGUGUGACCCACUAUAUGUGCUGUCGGCUCCUAAUCUGCUGAGAGUGGGUUCAUCAGAGAAUGUGUUUGUGGAGGCGCAGGAUUACUCUGGAGGAAGCUUAAUCGUGAAGAUCUCUGUAAAGAACCACCCGAGGAAGAACUUGGAGAUCCUGUCGAAAACAGUAACACUGACCGACGAAAACAAUUUCCAGAUCCUCGCAGAUAUAAAGAUUCCCAGUGAUCGCGACUAUUUCUCUGAUGAUCCUCUGGAGAAGCAGUAUGUGUAUCUGCAAGCUCAAUUUCCAACUCACACUCUGGAGAAAGUGGUCAUGCUGUCGUUUCAGUCUGGAUAUAUAUUUGUACAGACUGACAAGCCCAUCUACACGCCUGGUAGCAACGUUCAAUACAGGAUCUUUUCACUGACAUCUGGUCUGAAGCCACUUGAAAAUGCUGGAGUAUCAGUGGAAAUCAUGGAUCCUCAAGGCAUCACAACCAUGAGAGAAACCAUAUUUCCAAAGCAAGGGAUUAGAUCAGGAAAAUACAUGGUACCUCAGCCUGCCAGUCCUGGCAUCUGGAAGGUGGUCACAAGAUUCACAAACACACCACAAAAAAACUACACGGCCGACUUUGAAGUCAAAGAUUAUGUUCUUCCCACUUAUGAAGUGACAUUAUCACCCAGUAAGUCAUUCUUCAGUGUGAAAGAUGACAGUCUGACGGUUAGCAUCGAAGCCAGAUACCUGCAUGGAAACAAUGUGAACGGACAUGCGUUUGUGGUGUUUGGAGUGAUGGAAGAUGACAGGAAAACCAGCAUUCCCUCUUCUCUUCAAAGAGUUCAGAUAUCAGAUGGAGAAGGUAAUGCCAAGCUGACCAAGCAGACCAUACUCCAGACCUUCCCGGACAUCAGCCAACUGGUUGGACGAUCGAUCUACAUUUCAGUCAGUGUUCUGACAGACUCUGGCAGUGAAUUAGUAGAAGCUCAGAGGAGAGGCAUACAGAUUGUGACGUCUCCAUACACCAUCAAUUUCCAGAAAACACCACAGUUCUUCAAACCAGGAAUGCCCUUCAGUGUCUCGGUUUACAUAACAGACCCUAACCAGAUGCCUGCUGAAAAUGUGGAAGUGUUGGUCAAUCCCGGAGGAGUCAAAGGUCAAACAAAAUCCAAUGGCAUUGCGAAGCUUACCGUCAAUUCAAUUGAAGGAUCUUCUGCUCUGGAGAUCACUGUACAAACCAAAGAUCCCAAAUUUGACGAUGACCAGCAGGCACUGAAGAAGAUGGUACCUCAGGCCUACAAGACCAAAGGCAGCUCCCAGAACUACCUGCACAUCGGCAUCGACGCUGCAGAGUUUGAGAUCGGCGAUCAAAUGAAAGUCAAUCUGAACCUGGGGAAAAGUCCAGGAGUCAGAGAUCAAGAUUUCACCUACAUGAUCUUAAGUAAGGGUCAGAUUGUUCAAGCAGACCGGUUUAAGAGGCAAGGCCAAGCUCUCGUCACUCUGUCUCUACCUGUGACCAAAGAGAUGGUGCCGUCCUUCCGCUUCGUGGCUUAUUACCAUGUGGGCUCGUCUGAGGUGGUGUCUGAUUCAGUCUGGGUUGACGUGAAGGACACAUGCAUGGGAACGCUAAAGGUCCAGGUGAAGGAGCCUCGGCCGAUCUACCAGCCAGGAGAAGAGUUCAGUUUGCUGAUAACUGGAGAUCCUGGAGCCAAAGUGGGUCUAGUGGCGGUGGAUAAAGCUGUGCAUGGACUCAACCAGAACAGACUCACUCAGACAAAGAUCUGGGAUAUUGUGGAGAAGCACGACACCGGCUGCACAGCAGGAGGAGGAAGAGACAGUAUGGGGGUGUUCAUUGACGCAGGUCUGAUGUUUGAGUCCCACACUGCUGGAGGAACUGAGAGCAGAACAGUGCCCGAGUGUGUCAUCCCUUCAAAGAGAAGAAGAAGAGCUGAGAGUCUUCAGAAAAUCACCACUAUAUUGGCGGGUCAGUACUCUGGAGAUCUGCGGAAGUGCUGUGUGGACGGCAUGAGGGAUAACAAACUGGGCUACACGUGUGAACGAAGAGCCACGUAUGUGUCAGACGGCGUCGAGUGUGUGAGGGCCUUUCUGCACUGCUGCAAUGAUGUGGUUUCUCGAAGUCUGGAGGCCGGAGAGGAGGAGAUGAUUCUGGCUCGCAGUGAGGAGAGCGACUAUUAUGAGAGUUUUGAAGAAAUCACCUCACGCACACAGUUUCCUGAGAGCUGGCUGUGGUCAGAGGAGAUUCUGCCUGUCUGUUCUGCAACAACAUCUGUCACAAAAAGCCGAAUCUACCUGAAGGAAUCCAUCACUACCUGGCAAAUCUUUGCUGUCAGCCUGUCCAAAACACAUGGUAUUUGUGUGGCAGAUCCACAUGAGAUGAUCGUGUAUAAGAUGUUCUUCAUUGACCUGAAGGUGCCGUUUUCAGCCGUGCGCAAUGAACAACUGCAGGUCCGGGCCAUCCUUCACAACUACACCAAGAAGAAGAUUAAGGCACGGCUGGAGUUCAAAGAAACGAAGCACAUCUGCAGCUCCGCCAGCAAUAAAGGCUCCUACCAGACUGAGGUGGAGGUGGAGUCCAUGUCGUCCAGGACCAUCCCGCACGUCAUUAUUCCCCUGGAGCUGGGAAAUCACUGGAUCGAGGUGAAAGCGGCUGCGUUCGACUCUGUUUACAGUGACGGAGUCAAAAAGAUCCUGAAGGUGGUGUCUGAGGGAGUCCUCACUAUGGUGCAGGAGACAAAUGUAGAGCUCAAUCCAGCUAAAAUAGGUGGACUACAGGAGGUGUCGGUGCGGAGCGGCAAACCAGACACUCGGGUUCCCAACACUCCCGCUAACACCUACAUCUCAGUGACCGGUAAGGAUUUCAGUAAGACGAUUGAGCAGCCCAUUGGUGGAGAAGUCAUGAAGCAGUUUAUUGUCCAGCCUCGAGGAACCGGAGAGGAAAAUAUGAUCUACAUGACAUUUCCAGUCAUCGCCACUCAUUAUCUAGACAUCACCAAUCAGUGGGACACUGUUGGCAUGAACCGACGCAACGAAGCCAUCAACCACAUCAAAACUGGUUAUCAACGACAGCUAACUUUCCGUAAACCAGAUGGGUCGUUUGCUGCGCUGAUGACCACGCCGAGCAGCACAUGGUUGACAGCGUAUGUGGCGAAGGUGUUGACGAUUGCCAGUGAUCUGACUGUGGUGGACGAGAGUGUGAUCUGCAGCGCCCUCCAGUGGCUGGCAGCAAACAAACAGCUGUCAGACGGCAUGUUCAAAGAGGAUUCGCACAUCCUUCAUGAAGAGAUGCAGGGUGCUGUUCGAGGGAAGGAUGCGGACGCCUCUCUGACUGCGUUCGUCCUGAUCGCCAUGCAGGAAGGAAGUCAGAUCUGUGCUAAAUCUGUUCAAAAUCUUCAGAGCAGUAUGAAUAAAGCUGUGGGUUACCUGACGCUCAGAAUUCACACUCUCACCAGCCCUUAUGCUGUCGCGAUCAGCUCCUACGCUUUGGCUCAUGCUGGAAAACUGGAGAAAGGCAUCCUGAAGAGACACUCCACCCAGAAUGAUGCUGGGUCAUUCUGGAGAGUUCCUGGAGCUCUUCAUCUCUCUCUGGAGGCCACAGGUUAUGCUGUUCUGGCUCUGGUGAAGGAGCAGGACUUUCAAAGCGCCGGAUCGGCCGUCCGCUGGCUGAGAGCACAGAGAGCUGCGUAUGGAGCCCACGGGACCACACAGGCAAGCCUCAUCGUUUUCCAGGCCGUUGCUGAAUACCGCACUGGGGCAAAGAAGCAGGAUGUGAACCUGGAUAUCCAGCUCUCUGUGGAGGGGAGAAAAACACAGAACAAAUGGACGUUCUCUCGCUCUAACAGUCAUGUGACGCGAUCAGACAAGGUCCAGCUGGCACAAGGCUUCAACGUCACGGCUCAUGGGAAUGGACUGGCCACUCUCUCGGUGUAUUCUCUUUAUUAUGCUCUGCCUGAAGAGAGAGAAAACGACUGUAAAGUGUUUGAGCUCAGUGUGCAGAUGGACAAACAGCUUGAAGUGUCUCAUCCGGGAGCCAUCGAGAGUUACCUGCUCACCAUUGAAACACACUUCAGGAGCUCAGAGAGAGAUGCUGCCAUGUCUGUUUUAGAUGUCGGGCUGCUGACGGGCUUCAAGGUGGAUGACGGAGAUCUUUCAAAGUUGGCUAAAGGGAAAGACAGAUACAUCGACAGGUUUGAGAUGAACAAGGAGCUUUCUGAUCGAGAAUCGCUGGUCAUCAUCUUAAAUAAGGUUUCUCAUAAAGUCCGGGACAGGGUUGCCUUCAGGGUCCAUAAAGUCAAUGAAGUGGGAAUGCUGCAGCCCGCUGGAGUCACAGUCUAUGAAUACAACACUCCAGAUGAUCGCUGUGUGAAGUUCUACCAUCCACACAAGAGAGACGGAGCUCUCAACAGACUCUGCCAUGAGGACCUGUGUCAGUGUGCUGAAGAGAACUGCAGUUUCCAGAAGAAGCAUCAUGUUCCUGAGUCUCAGCGUGCUAAUAAAGCCUGUGCGCCUGGAGUGGAGUACGUUUAUAAAGCCACGCUGGUGGGAAUGGAGCUUUCACUGCAAGCAGACAUUUAUAAUAUGACCAUCAAACAAGUGCUGAAAGAAGGCACGGAUCCGGAUGUGGAAGGGAAGACCCGGUCUUUUUUGGCCCAUCCCAACUGUAGAGAGUUCCUGAACUUUGAAGAAGGCAAAACAUACCUGAUCAUGGGCCAGACCACAUCACUGCCAACCAUCGGUGGAAAACUGAGGUACAGUCUGGGUGAGCAGACCUGGGUUGAAUACUGGCCGACAGAGGAAGAGUCUGAAACGGAGGACUUCAGUGAGCAGCACAGGGGUCUCGCCGCUCUCACUGACCAGCUCUUCAACUUCGGAUGCACAACAUAAUCAUGAUCGUCAGCAGCUCUGGCCAAUCAGUCUGUAAUCCAAAACACAAAUGAGGAUUUGUUUUCAUAAAUCUUUAACACGAACACUAUUCCAUAAUCCUAAACAUUAAACAUGGCUGUAAGAAUACUGCAACAACAAUACAUACAAAUAAAGCGUGACUCUUUUUACUA